ACCUCCCAUUCCGCCAUUAACAAGGAAUCUCAGCUCAGUUCAAAUCUCCAUUUCUACACACACAAAUUACUCAGAAAAACACCUUUUUAAUGGGUUUUCCACUAGGCUAUACGGAUCUCAAUUUCCCCAAAUUACUUCUCCAUCUUCUUUCAAUUCCAUUCUUCAUCAGAAAACUCAUCUGUAAUCUCUUCACAAUUCUCGGUCUCCCCGAUUUCCUCGAACCCGACUUUCCUUACCCGACCCGACCCGGAGAAGAGAAUACCCGGUUGUGUUCGGUGUCGGCGGCGAUAAUCCGAGAGAUAUUACCGGUAGUGAGGUUUUCCGAUAUAGUUGACCCGCCAGAGAGCUGCGCGGUUUGUCUUUACGAGUUUGAUUUCGGCGACGAGAUCAGGAUGUUGAUGAAUUGUCGACACGUGUUUCACCGGAGCUGUGUGGACCGUUGGAUGGAUCAUGAUCAGAAGACGUGUCCACUUUGUAGGAAGGAAUUUGUACCGGAGGAUAUGAUGGGGAUUUUUAAUGAGAAGCUGUGGUUGGCUUUUGGGGUUAAUGAUUUUUGUGAGGAGUAGUCGUGUUAUACCGUCAAAUCUCUUUAUACCAACGUAACAAUGUUGAUAACUUUGAUAGUUUUUUUAGUUGUUAUAGUGAAACGCUAUUAUGGAAAAUAUACGAAAAAAUUGAAUGAUAUCCUUUGUUCCGACACUAUUUAGCUGUUAUAGUGAAAUGUUAUUGCAGAUGAGGUAUUACUUCAGUUACACGCGCGUAUGAGAAAAAGAUUGUAAAACAAUUUUUUUAGUGGUGAUUGGGAUUUUUUGAUUUCUCCCUAUGUCCGACU